ACAUAACCUAAAAUAUUUUUCAAACAAGCACAAAUAAUUUGUGAUUGAAAAAGCUUCGUCAUUCUAAAAUCAUAAUUUUUGAAGAAAAACUUGCAUUUCCCUAACAAAAUCAACCUCAAAAAUGAGUUCAAUCGGAACUGGAUACGAUUUAUCUGCUUCCCAAUUUUCACCCGAUGGAAGAGUUUUUCAAGUCGAAUAUGCCAUGAAAGCCGUGGAAAAUAGCGGAACCGUUAUAGGGCUUAAAGGCAGCGAUGGCAUCGUUUUGGCGGCCGAAAAAUUAAUUUUAUCCAAGUUACACGAACCUUCCACCAACCAGAGAAUCUUCAACAUUGAUCAGCACAUUGGAAUGGCUUUCUCUGGAUUGAUUGCUGAUGCCAGACAGAUAGUCCAAAUAGCACGUAGAGAGGCAGCAGAAUAUAGACAGCAAUAUCGUUUAAGUAUCCCAUUGAAAUAUUUAAACGACCGAGUCAGUAUGUAUAUGCACGCCUACACUUUAUAUAGUGCUAUCAGACCUUAUGGAUGCAGUGUGAUUUUAUCUGGUUAUGAAAACGGAGAGCCUGUUAUGUACACCAUUGAUCCAUCGGGAGUCAGCUAUGGUAAUCUUGGCUGUGCUACAGGAAAAGCCAAACAAUCCGCAAAAACAGAAAUAGAAAAACUCAAACUGAGUCAAAUGCCUUGCAGGGAGUUGGUCAAAGAAGCUGCCAAAAUCAUCUAUUUGGUCCACGAUGAGCUCAAGGAUAAAAACUUUGAAUUGGAAUUGUCUUGGGUUUGCAAGGACAGCAACGGACACCACCAACGGGUGCCUGAAAAUGUUUACCAAGAAGCUGAAAAAGCCGCUAAACAGGCUAUGGAAGCAGAUUCAGAAUCUGACAACGAAGACAUGUAGUAUCAAUAAGGGGUGUUUUUGUAUUCUAAUAGAUGAUUAUCGAUAAGAUUUACAUUUAAUUGCAUAAUUAAUAAACUUUAUUAUGCUUACAA